CUUCCUGCACCCGUUGCCUUGGCGACAUAUCAACAAUGAAACCGAAAAAGCUUGGACGAGCAAAGAUGCCAGUGUACACCAGGAAGGUCCCUACAGGAAUCCCAGAGCCUUGGGACUCCGAGGACAGCGCGGAUGAGGAGCGUGUGGAUCCUGACCUGCUGCAUGACUCCUUGCCACAGCCCUUCCGCAUGAUUGGCAAGGUGCUGGAUGGCGUCCUCGACAGGGCCUGGGGCGUCAUCUCAGACAGAGAGGCCGCCAGAGUGACCGAGCGGUCCAGGAGAAAAAUCCCACAGGUGGAGUUUUCAGAUGAAGUUAAGCUUCCAGUGAAAGCGAACUGUCUGGCAUGCACGGAUGAUGGGAAGUACGUAUUUGUGGGAUUUUCCUGUGGGAUUUCUGUGAUCAGUGCCGUCGGUCACGUGCGCACUGCCACGUGGGAGCAGGACAGGGUUGAAAUCAUCUCCAUUCAUUGCACUUGUCUUGGAGAGAUGGCUUAUCUCAUAGCUACUGUGGACGACAUGGGUGUAUCCCGAGUCUUCGCUUAUUAUGCGGAUUAUAUUUACUUAAUUAAGUUAAUCAAUGAGACAAAAGAAAGAAAUAAAAGAAACAACUGUACAAAGAUUGAACUGUCUGAAGGUGGGGAUUAUGCGGCAGUUUUGAUUGAUUGCAAUGGUGAUUCUUGGAUUGAAAUGUAUCGGUUCCCCAAAGUGUCAUGGCUGAAAGAGCUGGAAGCAGCGUCAUGCAACCAGGUGACAAAUAUGUCUGGAACAGAAGUUGCAAAAUUUUCACCAGUGGUAAUACUGCUAAAAAUCAAGGCACCUGACAUGCUUUCAGGCACAUCUUUAAAAUGCCCAUUUGAGGUGUUACAGAAGACUGCAUCUGUGAUUGGCUCCGGUCUGAAUCACAUGAUCAGUGCUCAACAAUGGGCGGAGCAGCGGGCAAUAUUUAAAUCAGUGCACAGCAAAUAUCUGGACACAGGCACAUGUGAGAUGAAGGCAAAAGCGCGCCUGGGUAGUCUCUUCUUCCUCCUUCCUGGAGGACUGUGCACCUUCACAGACGGGACCAGAAGUCUACAAGGUCCACCUAGUGCUGUCUGUGUGUGGUGGAGAGGCGAUCAUAAUCUUUACCAGUACCUGCUGCAUAAAAGAGCUAAAGAGAAGACGACAGAGGAUGAAGCCAAGCCCAGUGUGGUGUGGCCAAACGCUCAGGAGAUCGUCUGCUCGGCGAUCAGCAGAUGCACUCGUCACAUUGCGCUCGGGCUGAUGGGGGGGUUAGUCACCGUGUGGGACCGGUGUCUAGGCCUUCCUUGGUCCGUCCUCUCUGUUUCUGCUGACAGCCCUUUCAACAAGCUGCACUUCCUGGACUGUCUGCCCUUUUCCCAAGAUCCUUUUUUCCCCAAAAUACACGUCUUGGUGACCUGCAAGAAUGCCGAUUGUCAUGUGAUCACUGCAGGCAGGGGGAUGGAUUUCCAGGUGAUGCAGCUGUGUGGAAGGCCCAGCUUCCCCGCCAGCCAAAGUGCCGUUUGUGUUAUCAUGCAGACUGCUGUUUCUUUCCUGGACAGACCUGCAGAUGCAGAGGGUCCGCCCACAGAGGUUCUGUCAGUCCACUUUCUGCAGAUGUUGGUUCUCCUCAUGUACAGAAAUGGCACCAUCGUGCUGCUGGACACCUCAGAUGACACAGUCGUGGCCACCUUGGUUCUGCCACCUUCCCACUGCCUUGCAACUCCAUGGAGCCCAGUAUAUACACUGGAUCCAGUGAACCAGAACUUGUUUGUUCGAGCUGACAGAUAUCUCUGUCCUGAGGAAGAUCAGGAUGAGGAAGGAUCUGGAAGCUCUCUUUAUGUUUUCAGCCUCGGAACAACCUCGGCCUCGGAGCCUCAGCGAGAGGCACCAAGGAAGCUGCGGACUUUGGAGGACAUGUGUAAUCAGUACUUAAAAGAGAGGGCGCUAACUCUCGAGGACAGAAGCGCGGCUAUUAGUCAGAGCUGGAUGCAGCUCCAGCAGUGCAGUGCCCCUCUUUCGGGGAAAGCAGUGCCCCUCUUUCGGGGAAAGCAGUGCCCCUCUUUCGGGGAAUGACUGGAGACCCCUGAAGGAGUUGAUGUCCCUGAAUGCCGGGUAAGAUGCAGGUGUCGUCCUGGGCAGAGUGAGGGUAACCAUGUACCUCCGGACAGUCCAGCUCCAUGGUCCAUGGUACAUACACUGCGUCUCCACCCCUAACCCUGAACUAACUUACAGCCUGGUUACUAGCAGCCACACAGUACUGUUUUGGCCAGAUGUGUGAUGCUGUAUUUCACUGGCUCGGUGUAAACUGACUUCCUCUGUGCCCUUCCUGUUGUACUUCCUGUAUGCUACUAACUCUGUGUUCAUUGGUGUCACAAGCUUUGGCUUUGAGUGACAUUGGAGAGUCUUUUAUGGUCAGAUUUUAGUUCUGUGAUCGAUUGUCAUCUUCAGUGACAGGGAGGGACUACAAUGAGUUUAUUUUAAACCUCUAAUACUUUCCUUUCAGCUAUUUAUAUAAACCUUCAUCUGGUUAUUGUUUGGCCUUUGUACUUUUUCAUGUCGCUCAGAUCUGCCGUUAAUUUUUACGCGUCUAAUUACAAUAAUUGCUUCACGUCACAUGACUCCCAUUUUUAAUAUUCAUUGUUUAUGAAGAGAAUUAGCAAUUUUAAAAAAGCACGAUGGUAACAGAGGAGAAUGAUCUCCCAUAGCGCUCUGGUGGUCUGAAGCUGACUGCUCCCCACCGCCUGUCAGCAUGUGUGAGAGACUCAUCCUUCAGGACUCCAGUCAGAGUGAUUAUAUUCCUGAGAGCAGUAUGUGGCUGCAGUGUUUCCUUUUAAAGGGCAUCUUGAAUUUAUCCCUCUUAUCAAGUACAGUCCAUCUAAUCUGCUUCCUCAUCACCAAUCUGCAUUAUCCUCCUGCAGAGCACCUUGAAAAUUGGUAAGGGAUGGUUAACAUUUUUGCGGUUUUAUGUUUAAAAGAAUUUGUAUCCGUUUUUAUUUGUAUGCGGUUUUAUGCUGUUUUCACGUUACCUCAAAGGGGCCUUUUCAGCUACGUUUCCAUGUGAACCGGCUGUCGCUUGUGGCAGCAUUUAGAAAGACUCCUGAGGUCUGCAUAAUAAACGAGAGCCGCAGAGCCACGGGCGAUGACCCGCACGGGAGCAGAUAACCCCUAAGCCAGGACGUCCACAAGCUCCUUCAAGGAAGAAACAGCCCCACGUGCCACCAGGACGACCUGAAACGGCAGCUGUCUGGUUUAAUAUCUGCAUGGUUCAGGAGGACCACCUGCCCACAUCUUCCGGCUGCUCUCCCCCAUUCCAUAUGUGGGAAAGAUGUCAGUCAAGGGGUCUGGACUUCCUCAGGGUGAAUUAUGUUCAUUCAGCUAUGGUGAGGGACUAAUCUACAGUACCAGUCAAAAGUUUGGACACACCGAGUCACCUACAAAGGAGUGAUAGAUUGUUGCAUCACAUAACCUGGCCACCUGACCAAAACACAGUAGAAAUGGUCUUAGAGGAGUUUGACCAGAGAGUGAAAUGUGUGCUUUUAUUGUACUCUGUAGCUCGUGUUUGCUCGUGUUUGUUUUGCUGGUUUUGGAAAGCUUUGCACUGUAUUCAGUUUCCAUUUUUCGCUUUCAUUGUACUAAUUGUGUUUCAUUGUACAUUGUAAGCCUUUUGUUUCAGUAAAUCUUGUCUGUAAUUUU